AUGUCAACCCCACAACCCCAACCUAUUCGAGUGACCAAUACACACAGCACCAAUAACCACCACUCAACCAUGUCAUCCACAACAAGGCCCAUGGUUCAAACUCCACAAAAUUUUCACUCUCAUCCCAAAACUUCUCCCAACAAUCCAAACGUUGAGUCACAACAACUACCCUCAGACAAGGCUGUUUGUGGACUCAUUCUCAAAAAUUGGAAAUCGAGACAUAGCACCAAAACACUCAUUCGAAAGGCAUUCCAUGUUCAAGAUUUUGAAAGUUCCAUUCCACACGAUGUGUUAAUGAUGGCAGCUCAAGAAUUGUCCUCAGUGGUUUCAUCCUCGAUACAUGAUCAUGGGCACUCGAACAAGUCUGGCCACAUGAUAUCUAAACCGCACCACAUGAUGAUGAAACAUUUGAACAAAACCAAACAAGGAAAACAAUCUUCACGGUUGUCAUCGUCUGUUGGAACCAAACUCAAAUUUCAUCAAUACCAACCCUCACAACAAGCCUUUCUUCCACCUCAUCAAGAGUCCAACAAUCUGAAUUGCCAGAUGAUGGUUGUUGAUUCUGGAGAGUUGACAACUUCGAGUGUGUUUGUCGAUGAAUUUCCGUCUUCUGCUUCACCCUCACCACCCUAUUCAACGAACCACAUACAUGCUCAAUCAUCAUCGACUUGUUGCAACUCUCAAAUGUACCCUCCAAGCGGUAUGAUGGAACCUUUAUCCUCAAUCACUACAACUUCUUCUACAGUGAGUAAGGGCUUAUCCUCGCGUAGUCAUCCUGGUGCUAGUGGUGGUACUACUACUACUACCAACAACACACCAUUGAUCUAUAUUGAAAAGCAAGUUCCUUUCAAAUUUGCAACACUUCCUCAUCAAUCGGCUCCUUCCAUGAAAAAGGUGUUAUCACCUCCUCCUCCAACUCCACCUUCAUCAUCCAACCGAAUAGUCGUCAUGCAUGAUGAUGAUGAUGAUCAUGCUGAAUCAAAGGAAAAUCAAUCUCGUCGGCAUUCACCACCAAUCUUGAACAAUUUGAAUUCUUAUUCUACCUUAGAGUGGCCUCUACCCUCAAAUUCAUCACGUGGCAAUCACUCGAGUAAUACCACAACAAAUCCAGACGGAGAAGCAGCAUACAACGGCAGCUUCUCAUUACCUCCUCUCUUGUUUGUUCAUUCAAACAACAACCAAAACCAUUCGGAAAGAACCUUACCAAGUUUCUCUCAAUUAAUAAACCAGCUUGGCGUUUAA